CCAUGGCCAUGGUCAUAAACAAAGAUGGCCGUCGCCGCCAAGUUAAUCUAAUCGGCCCGCUCCCGACUUUUUCGACGUCAAUACGUCUAUAGUUUGAAGUCGGCCCAAACUUUUCUUUUCUCUGGUUUCCUGUAGGCUGGAAAGUGCAGUGCAAGGUUGGAAGUAGCGCGAUUCUGACUUGCGGGACACUUUGACCGGUAACCGUGUUUUCUCGGGCUGAUCGUGCAUCCGCAAGUUUGCAGUGCAGCUGCGGCCGUGCGGCCGACUCAGCCCAUCUACUACACCGUAAUUUAUUAUUUUGCCGGUGCAGGUUGAAAACCAAACCAGAGACAAAAUGCCUGCUUCGGUGAACGAAAGCAUUUCGGCCUCGCUGCAAAUGUCCAUCUGGUCAUCGAACAGCAAACUGGCCGCUUUGGAGAACGGUGGCGGAGAGUCCCUCAUCCAGCACCGCAUGGCCUCGGUAGCCAAGAUGGUGCCUGACAUUGCCUAUGAGACUUCAAAUGACACCUACUACUCCUCCGUGCUGCAGAAGCUCAAGGCAAAGUACAAUGCCUCCGAGUUGAGCAGUGCGCCGGCUGCUGUGAGGAACGGUGGUCCAGAGCCCAACAAGGACAAUGUUCUUGCUUUGCCGACUCGAACGCUCUUCCAAAUGGAUAAGGUGCAGAUGGUCUGGCAGGCAAAUAAGAUCUGCAAAGUUGGCUCAGGCUUCUCUAACGCUGGCAACACCUGCUACUUGAACUCAGUUUUGCAGGCUCUUUUCCACAUCCCUCCUCUCUUUAACUGGCUCCAAUUUGGAGAUCAAGAGCACCAGAAUUCCUGUGCUACCUACAGAAACUGCGGCCAAGACUGCAUUGUCUGUUGCAUGGCUCUUACCCUGAAGAACAGCCAGGUUAGGACGGGUGAUUCAACAAGACCUGUGCUCAUCCUAAAUAAACUAAGGACAAUUUGCAAAAGGCUUCAAGUUGGUCAUCAAGAAGAUGCAAUGGAAUUUCUCAGAUAUCUACUAGAAUCAAUGGAAAAGUCGUACUUACAGAGACACAAUGGACUGAAGCUUGACAACCGUUCAAAAGAGACAACUCCUCUGAACCAAAUAUUUGGUGGCUACAUCAGGACAGAAGUCACUUGUAUGUCAUGUCAUGCUGUAAGCACCACCUUCCAACACUUCCUGGACCUCACUUUAGACAUCACCCGAGCAAAUACGUUGGACAAUGCCCUGGACAACUACUUUGCUCAGGAGCGCUUAGAAGAUAACUCGUACAGAUGUGAGAAGUGCAAAAAGAAAGUGCCGGCAACCAAGCAGUUUUUCGUGGAAAGACCACCUAAUGUCCUGUGCAUCCAGCUGAAAAGAUUUAGCAUAGAAGGAAAGAAAAUAGGAAAGAAGAUCAUGUUGAACGAAAGAAUACAUCUUCAUAAAUACAAGCCGAGGGCAAACAACUACCAUCACAAUAAUUCCGUCUAUCGUUUAGUAGCUGGAGUAAACCACUUGGGUCACUCCGCCCAUUCAGGGCACUACACAACAAUGGCCUAUGCCCAUAACAACAACCUGUACAUUUUUGAUGAUACCUGUGUUCAGCAGCAGUAUCAAAGAAACUUUUCUGGCACAGAUGUCUAUGUGUUGAUGUACAUUUUGGAACCAAAGAAGCAGCUAGCCGGACCGUCUAAACCUCCUACUGCAGCCUUGUCCUCGCAGCCCAUGAACCAACACAUGUUCAUCCCUAGUUCGCUUUCGGCUCCUAAGCCAGUCAAGUCAUUCACACCUGGAACGAUUCCUGCUCCGAAACCUGCAAUCAUCUUUUAUCAAAAAGAGAAAAUCAUUCUCCCUCCAAAUCAAGCGUCAAACAAAGUUGUUUUUAAUCCAAACCAUCCAUCCAAAAAUUUGGUCAACACCUAUAGUUACAACAAUGCAGAGAAAACAAAUGGCUCCACUAACAAAUCUGAAGGACUUCAAAACAGUAUUUCAAAAUCAGUCUCACGUCUCCCAAGCUUGCCAGUUCUUGUUCCUUACCAAGAUGACCAUUCAAGCGAUGAGCAUGAAGAUGAUAAUUCUAGGACCACUCCAACUAAAUCAAAGCCAAAUCCUGCACCAGGACCUUUGUGUCCAGAAGCAAGCUUGCCAAAGUCUGCUCCCCGAGUUGUGGAAACAAAGUCAUCCUCUUCCGAAAGUAACCCAAGUGCAGUAAAUGGCUACCACUCCUUACCACAAGUGGAGCCUCCUAAAGAUUCUCAGACACGUCCGAAUGUCAAGUCAACCUCUUCUUCGUGGAGUGUAUCGUCUGCUGACAAGACACCUCCCAGUCAGACAACCAUAAAGGUGUCCACCAAUCCUAGUUGGGUAGUCACAGAAGCUCAAGCAGCAAAGGCUCUUGAAACACAGAAAGAGAAGCCCAAGGAAAACCUCAAGAGAAAGCAUGACGCUAUUGAGAAUGAAGAAAUGGAAUGGAUAGAGAAGCCAAAAGACAAAUUGAAAGUCGACACUAAUGCUAGUAGCGACUACGUCAACACAGUCAGCUCAACCUCUGCGUUCAACAAAAGUAAACAGCAUGAUUAUUACGGCCCUUUGCUACCGGGUUCCAUUUCCUCAGUAACACCUAAGCAUGGUCUCAAAGGAUAUGGGGGUGCUGAUGUUAGGUCUUGGAACGGCACCAAAAGUAAUAUUGAUAAGCAAGUCAGUGAAGAUUUUUGGAUGAGAAAGAGGGAUGAGGAAAAAGAUAAUGAUUAUGAUGAAUUUGAUGGUGGAAAGAGGAAGAAGUUUAAGAGCUACGAUCAAGAUCGCCAACACUCUCACCAUGAGGGGAAUAAAUUCCAGAGAGUGGCAGAUUGGAGAAGAAAGGAGGAUCGGGACUUCAACAGGCAUUACGACAGAAGUUAUGACAACGAUCGACGGCCCUUCAAGAAGUACAAUGGUGACUUUGACCGAAACAGGUCGCAUGGCUCGCAUCAAUCAUAUAGGGGAAACAACAGCAGGCCCUUCAAUAACCACUAUCACCGUGGAAACAACAACCGACACGACAACAGAAAAUUUGGUCACAAGUGGCAACGGAACCAUCAUUUUAAACGUUAAUUGAGAGAGAAAGUUGUAUAUUAUCCUCCUAUAUUGAUAGAUAGAAAUGUGACCCUGUUUUAAGGGCCGAGUUGUUGAGUUUCUUAAUGUGAUUCUGAGAAAAAAUGCAGAUAUUUUAUUUCUGUUUUUGAAAUUAACAAGGCUUGUCUGCGAUGAACUUGGUUGACAGUUCUUGUGUCAUUUCUUUUCGGGGAACACUAUGUUGUUCCCUCUAAUCUAUUAAGAUGAUGAUUGUAAAUACUUUUGAAAUGUACUAUAAAAAUAUAAUCAAUUAUUCGAACUAUUCAUUAUUAAAAUCUUUUCAUAUAUAGGA